AUGAACCGGGACAGAGCGGUACCGGGGCCCGGAGGAGACGGGGUCCAGACCGUGAUAAGCCGGGACAGAGCAGUAGCAGGGCCCGUGGCGGACGCGGUCCAACCCGUGAUGAGCCGGGACAGAGCGAUACCAGCACCCGACGGGGACGUGGUCCAGACUGUGAUGGGCCCGGACAGCGGAGACAUGCUGGACGGAGUUUCACCCGGGGAGAAGCGGCUAUUCUCUAACGCUGUAGCCACAAGCAGAGAUGCCCAGGCCGUGGAGAACCACUCUGAACCCCCGCCGACGAACCCGGUGUUAGCCCCGCCACAGCAGGGCCCCACCGGGCACCGGACCACCUCUUUCUCCGUUUUGGACAUCCUGGACCCCAACAAGUUCACAAGCAGCCGGCGACAUCAGCAGCAGCAGCAGCACGCGAGCCACCGGGGUGAACGCGAUCUGAGCGCGUACGGAGCGGAGAACCGGAGAGGAGGAGCGGGUGAGCGCGAGUCAGGCCUGGAGCCCAGCAAAGGCUGCUACGUUGCUGAGGAAUACCAGAGCAAGGAAAGCUUUGUAUACAGAAGCCCAGAUGAGGAUGACUACCACAGAUCUGGGACCCCAGACUCAGAGGCUCCAGAUGGCCCCUACAGCAGUGAGGAGAGCAGUUCAGCCCUGGCCAGUAGUGGAGAGAGAGAUCUGGGCCAGCACAGCCACCAGGACCCCUCUAGAGACACCAAGAGCCCAGAAGGAGGUCCCAUAGGUCAGAUCACCAACAUCCAGACCAAUGGCGGCCACGGAGCCAAGCCCAAGAGGAAGCGCUCUGGCUCUGACUCAAAGUCAGGGAAGCCCCGUAGAGCCCGGACUGCCUUCACCUAUGAGCAGCUGGUGGCACUCGAGAACAAGUUCAAGUCCACACGCUACCUGUCAGUGUGUGAGCGGCUCAACCUGGCCCUGUCACUCUCCCUCACUGAGACCCAGGUCAAGAUCUGGUUCCAGAACCGUCGGACCAAGUGGAAGAAACAAAACCCUGGUGCUGAUACCUCUGCACCCACGGGCGCUGGAGGAGCAGGAGGUACGGGGGGUGCAGGGGGAGGAGCAGGAGGAGGCCUGGGGAGCCUCAGUCCUCUCAGCCCGUCUCCCCCAGUCAGUGGGCACCUGGCCAUGCAUGCUGGCUACGCUGCCCACCAUCACCCCCCCACCGGCAGCCUGGUCCAGCUGCCUUUCCUCACUGCCAGCCAUGUCCUGUCCCCCUUUAUGCUGGGGACACAGAGCUAUGCUGCACCUGCCUUCUACAGCACACACCUGUAGAGACACACACAUGCACACCCCUAGAGGGGUUCAAAACUACACACACUCUCAAACCUGAGAUACACCCUCAAAGACACUGAGCCCAGAGACUGAAGUGUUUCAGUGUAUAAAUAAGCUGCAGCACAGUAGACAGUGUUCAGCUCUGCUCUUUUCCUACCAACAUUUGAGGGACUUAAUUUAAAUGGAUUAUUUUGAUAGACUCUGAAUAUCUACCAGAAACUGUACAUAAAUCUAUGUUCUAGCUCACUACUCUGAACGCUGUUUUAAACUAUGUAAUAGACAAAUAGCUGACUUCUUUGUUUUAAAGUCUGUAUGAAUAUUGAAUGUUUAUGACUUAAGGAAUGGCUUGAUCUAUUGUCAGUACCGUGUAACUCCAGCUGUGAUUGUUUUCAUUCUGACAUUGAAUUUGACAGUUUCCAGAAAAUCCUUGGAUGUACUUAAUCCUCAUAUCAAUAUGAUAUUGUCUUUAAUAUUAAAAUGACAAAACACUGAAAA